AUGCGUGGAUUCUGGAAGGAGAUGGAAGAGCCCAGCGAGGAAACAAGCGAUGUGGCCUUCGAUGUCUUUGAUCGAUAUGGAACAGCCAAGAAUAAGUAUAAAGAUCAUCCAGUGCAAAGAGGAACUGGUGUAUGGGGAAACGAGCUUGAUAACGGCCCUCUUUUCCUGAUUGAAAAUCUUCAUGUUUCAGCACUGGAACUGCGUCGGAAAGGGCUGGGGCAGAAAGUAGUGGCUUUAAUGUUGAACAAAGCCAAGCAGUUCUGCCUAGAUGACAAGCCAGACGGCAAAUAUGCAGAUCUUUUCUACGGUUCUAACGAGGCCUUCGAGCGAGCAUGGACCCUACAUGCUUUGGCCAGUCCCGGAAUACUGGCAGCUGAUAUCGAACCGCAGUUAGUGGGCAAGUCCGCAGAAGAACGCUUGAUGACACGGAUCCGAUUUCAAUCCGGUGUUAUUGAUUUUUGGCGAUCAUGCGGUUUUCGUCGAAUCGGCGCAUCUCGCUGUUUUGCAUUUUCGUUCGACCUCCACCAUCAGUCUCGCGCCCUUGCAGCGACUUCUGAUUUCGACCCGCGUAGGAGCCAUACUAAAGCUCUUGAGAAUGAAGAACUCAGAGUUAUCUAUGAGGCAAAUCAUCUUACGGAUGUUGAGAAACUGAAAAUGGAAAGACUUCGUGACGCGUUGCCGCUGCAUCAUGCAGCUCUCACUCUGGCAGACGAAGAACUCAAAGCCUUUUUCGUCACUCAUGCGGACGAUGAGAUUGGUUGGGAUCGAGUGACCAAAUCUGAAGCCACGCUUCUGCAUCUAACAGCUUGCGAGCUCAAGCCACUGUGUACAUCGUGGCUACUUGAGAAUGUUCACCACGCCAAAGUAUGGAAGACGGCUCGUGAUAUUAACGGGUACACGCCGCUCGAAGCAUUGCAAGAAAAAUUAGAGACAAUGCGAACACAAAAGCAGUGGGGGGGUUCAAGGGUUUUGGACCUAUCAGAUUACUUUGAAGGGUAUCCCGACUCUGCAGUGCUCUGUCUCGCCUUGCUGUCCGAACGGGAUACUUCGCUGCUUAAUGGCGUAUGCCUCCGAUACGGGUGUACAUGCGGAGAAUGCCUGGGAGGAUUUCUAUCCGCCCGAAUGAGGAGCUCCUUGAUCUUUCAUGGUGAAACUAUGUACGAUCUUAACCAGGAUGGAAUUGAUGAUGGGGGUUUUUGGGUAGAGGCCAACGACGACCUCCUCGUGCACCUCGAUCCCGAUGUGCGAAAGAACCUCAAAACCAACAAGUCACUUCGAAGAGGCUUUGUGAAUAUUUUCCAAAUUGCCGUGGAGUGUCUCAAUGCGAACAGAGUCCCCACCGCAGAGAAUCUCGUGCGGUGCUGUCACUAUCGGAGCGAGUGGCCACCGGACACCAAGAACUACCUGCGACGCGCUGGGUGGCAGAUGGGCUGUCGGGCAGUGCUUCGGUACAUGUUCGACUCUGCUCAUCUACAGGAUGAGAAAGCAGGCGAUGGAGAGUGUCAACGCAUCUUGAAGGAGAAAUGGUCAGACCUACCAACUUGCAGAAACGAUCAUGAAUUCGAAUUUGUUGCCAGGGUUUGUGGUUACGUUGCGGAUGACCUUAUUCCGGUACCAUCCUUCUCGAUCGAAUAG